GCAUAAGUAGUAUUUAUGUGUCCUCCAGCCUUUAAAUUCAUCUGUCGAGUCCACAGGUAAUACUUCUCCAUUGCUGGCCUCAACUUGGAACAGUACACAGCCAGUUUCAUAUUAAGAAGUAUGAUGGGUUCCAAAUGCUUGCUACUGUCAGUCUUCCUCAUACUCAUUUCAAUCCAUGUCUCAGUAUCCCUCAAGACCCAGGAACCCAACCUCAAAACCUCUGUCUUUUUAUCACCCAAAUUUAUCCUAGGACAUGGUCAUGUCCAAAAUAAAUUUUACUUAAAUGUAGACUUUCCAAAGGGCCACAUUGCCCUUAAAGAGUUCGACGCAGAGGUGAUCGAUGAAGCCGGAAAUUCCAUUCCACUCCAUGAAACUUACCUUCACCAUUGGGUAGUCAUGAGAUACUAUGGUCUAUUAAAGAAUGUUUCCAAAGACCCAGAAUCUGAGACCGAAUUGAAGUCCUUUAUAUGGGUGAGGAAUGGUGGUGUGUGUCAAGAGACACUAGGCCAAUACUUUGGCCUCGGAUCUGAGACUCGCCAUACACGGACGAGCAUACCCGACCCGUAUGGUAUUGAGGUUGGGAAUCCUACACUUAUUCCUGAGGGGUAUGAGGAGAGGUGGUUAUUGAACAUUCAUGCGAUCGAUACGAGAGGGGUUGAGGACCGAGCUGGGUGCACUGAAUGCAGGUGUGAUCUAUAUAAUGUGACUAAGGAUGGUAGAGGAAAGCCUAUCAGAGAUAAUUACAAGGGGGGUUUGAGAUGCUGCUACCAUGGCACAAAAUGCAAGCUCAAGGAUGGUUUCAAUGGUUUGGGUGCAAGGGGCCUGUACUUGAAAUACACUGUAAAAUGGGUGGAAUGGGAUAAUAGCAUUGUGCCUGUUAAGAUUUACAUAUUUGAUGUUACCGAUACUGGGGAAAGGAUUGCAAAUUCAACCCGAACCAAUGAGCGAAUUGGUUGCCAGGUGGAAUAUGAUGUUCAAUCUUGUGGUUCACCCAAGUGCGGUGAUGACAGGAAAACCAGUAUUGUGAUACCACAUGGUGGAGAUGUUAUUUACGGUGUGGCACACCAGCAUAGUGGUGGAGUGGGAUCUACACUUUUUGGCCAGGAUGGCAGAGUUAUAUGCAAUUCCAUGCCAACUUAUGGGAAGGGAGAAGAGGCAGGAAAUGAAGCUGGUUACAUUGUAGGGAUGAGCACUUGUUAUCCUGAACCAGGCUCUGUCAAAGUAAAGGAUGGGGAAACAUUGACACUGGAAUCAAGGUACAGUGGUGCUACAAUGCACACUGGUGUCAUGGGCCUAUUCUACAUUUUGGUUGCAGAACCCACCGGCAAUUCACUAGCCUCUAUUCAAGGUGUGCAAUCUGUUCAACAAGCAAAAUUGAAUGUAUAUUUUCUCACAUUUGUUUUGGUUGGAGUGGCUCUAGCCUUGGUUCUUGGGUUUGCUUAUGUUCUCAAGACAAAAGAAGAGGAACAAGCUUAUGAGUCCAUUAAUGGCCAGCAGCCCUAUGCUCUUGAUUUUCAUAGCAAUAUACAUAUGAUGAUGGCUUUCAAGCGAUGGCUACUACUACCACUCUUGUUACUUUUAUCAGUCCAAGCCUCUGCAGCCAUUUACACAAAACCCCAAGAAGCCAAGGUUCAAUCUUCAGUCUUUCUAUCACCCAAAUUCAUUUUAACACCCGGAUUAGCAAACAACACAGUUUACCUUGAUAUCGAUUUCCCGAAGGGCCACAUCGCCGUCAAAGAUUUCAUUGCAGAGUUGGUCGAUGAAGACGGAAAUUCGGUUCCCCUCUAUGAGACUUACCUUCACCAUUGGAUUGUUUUUAGGUACUUUGUUAGGGAAGAUGAUAAGAAUGGGAGUUCCAUAGUGGUGGCUAGGAAUGAUGGUGUUUGCCAAGAUGGUGCACUUGAUUUCUACUUUGGCCUAGGAGCUGAGUCACGCAAAACGCGUACCUGGCUGCCUGACCCAUAUGGGAUUCAGGUCGGGGAUCCGGACAAGAUUCCAAGUGGGCGUGAUGAGAAAUGGGCAUUGAAUGUUCACGCAAUCGAUACAAGGGGGGUUGAGGACCGGUUCGGGUGCACAGAAUGCAGGUGUGAUCUGUUUAAUGUGACCAAGGAUAGCAAUGGAAGGCCUAUCAGAGAUAAUUAUUUAGGAGGCUUGAGUUGUUGUUAUGAUGGGACAAGAUGCAAGAGAAACGAAGGUUUGAAAUGGUUGGGUGCAAGGGGAUUGCACCUGAAAUAUACAGUAAAAUGGGUGGAAUGGGAUCAGAGCAUUGUCCCUGUUAAAAUUUACAUUUUUGAUGUUACUGAUACCGGGGAAAGGAGGAACUCAACCUCAAGCCAAGGUUUAAUUGGUUGUCAGGUGGAGUAUGAUGUUCUUCAAUCUUGCAGUGAACCCAAGUGCAUAGACAACAAGAAAGUGAGCAUUGUGAUGCCCAAUGGAGGAAAUGUUAUUUAUGGGGCAGCUCACCUGCAUAGGGGUGGAGCAGGAUCUACCCUUUAUGGCCAGGAUGGUAGAGUUAUCUGUGAUUCGGUUCCUAUUUAUGGUCGGGGUAAAGAGGCAGGAGAUGAAGCUGGAUAUGUUGUAGGCAUGAGCACUUGCUAUCCCGAACCAGGCUCCAUGAAGAUCAAGGAUGGUGAGACUCUGGUGCUCGAAUCAACGUACAAUUCAGCCACUUUGCACACAGGAGUCAUGGGCCUCUUCUACAUUCUGGUUGCUUGAAUCAAUUGAAGAUGC